AUGAGCGCCGAGGAUGUGGGGCGGUGGCUGCCGAAGGAUGCGCAGCUUGCUGACCUCUUCCUCGACCAGCUCCUCAACGCCGCCGCCGAACAGCCGGUCCAGCCGUCGCAGUCGUUGCUCGGCUACGGCGAGCAGCCGCGUCUCUUCUUCGGCGAACCCCAGCCUCUGCCGGAUCCGCCGCAACGCAAGUCGAAGGUGUUGAACUUGGUCAUGCAGGUAUGCUUUCAAUUUUUUUGGAGCUUUUCAAUGCGUAUGUAAGCUAAACAAUAAGUGGGCGAACUAUUACUAAAAUGGAAUUGUAAAACAUACCAUUUGAACCACGUAUCCAUAAAAUUUUUACGGCAAUUUUUGAUCCUUUUUUUGGACUUCAAUGAGUGAAAUAGCACGUGUGUCUUCGUCUUGCAGAAAACGUUUACCUUUCUCUGCGACUCUAUGCAAAUGGGAUCAAAUCCGGCGCAUAAAAAUGUAGGUGGCAGUCAGUUUGUUGCAAGAACGUCGGCCGCUUUCUAUCUUUGACGACAUAUGCAAAUUAUCGGAGCACUUUAAAGACAUUGUUGACGGGUUGCAGACAAAGUGAUGUCAACUUGAUAUGAAUUCAACAAAUUAUCUUUUUUUCAAGGUCAACGUCGGAAGUUCGGACACUUGAUGGAGUUAAAAUUAAAAAAUUGGGGUUAUUUUUAAAACACACAAAAAAUGCAAAAGACGUCUGUUAUGUUUGAGUAUGAAUUUGCAGGUCCUCUCAUCCAUGAUCACAACAACAGCUCCAGCUCCGUUAGCUCCGAUCCAGUUACACACCUCCAUGUCUCCCACUCAAAACCAUACCUGUGAGUCUUUACUUCGUCCUUCUUUUUAUCCGAUUACUUUUCUGCAAUCCAGUCAUUUUCCAGCAUUAUUACCUCAAUCCGGGCAGAGCGCAGAUAUUGGGAUGGUCCCCAUUAUAAUUAUUGGAACGAUCUUUGCGAUUGCCACGACUCUGGGCAAUCUUAUGGUCAUGGUAAGGUUGAUAUGACGGUUUGUUGCAUCAUCGUAAUUUAGAUCUCAAUCCGAGUGGAUAAGCAGCUGCAGACCAUCAGCAAUUACUUUUUGUUUUCGUUGGCAAUCGCCGACAUCACAAUUGGUAAGUUUUUUGUUUAUACGAAUACUCGAAAAGUAUAUAACUAUGGUAACUUUGCGUUUAUAUGCGUAAUCCUUAUUGCGUUUUACAGGAAUAAUUUCGAUCCCCCUGAUGACAUAUUACACGUCGACGGGUUACUGGGGAAUCGGCUGGAAUAUGUGCCAAUUCUGGUUGUGCCUCGACUAUUUGAUGAGCAAUGCCUCAGUUUUGAAUCUUCUUUUGAUCAGCUUUGAUCGAUACUUUUCCAUCACAAGGCCGCUGACUUAUCGACCGCGAAGGACGACGAGAAAAGCAUUAUUUGCGAUCUUCCUGGCCUACGCAAUAUCGAUGGCUCUGUGGCCGCCGUGGAUUCUCACAUGGCCGCUGAUCGAGAAUGCCAUCGAAGGUAGUAAGGAGAAUUUUUAACGGUUAUAAAAAUUGAUGCGAUGCUAAAAUUUUUUGAAUUUUGAGCAACUUCUGCAAAACGCGGUUGAUUCUUUUUGAUCGGAGAAUUAAACCAAUGCAUGAGUUAAUUUUUCUGCAAUUUCUAGCAACCGCUUAAUGCAGAACUUUUAUUUCUGAAAAAAAUAAAACCAUUCUGCACAACGCGGUUCAAGUGCUCGGUUUUAUGAAGACAAUAAAAAAAAUAUUUUCUGCAAAAUAAAUCAUAUUUUAUAAGAGCAUUUGACUCCAGCAUUUUUUAAUCCCAAUUUAGGUCGGACCUUUGUUGAGCCAAUGACCUGCGUCGUGCAGUUCCUUUCGCCGGGUGCAAAAGGCCGUUGGGCCUCGCAAAUGGCCACUGUGGCCACCUCGUUCUUCGCCUUUUAUCUUCCAGUUACAAUCAUGAUCUACCUCUACUACCGAGUUUAUUGCGAGACUCGAAAGCGGACCGCCGAAUUCCGGAAACUCCAGGCAGGACAGGUCGGUCUUUCUUCAACAUUUUUGUUUUUUUAUAUUGUUCUAGGAUAAAUUUCUUUGAUUUUUACGGUACUUAACACCUUUUUGGCUGCUCAUUGUAACAUUUUAUAGUAUUAUUUGAUCUAAUUUCUUUAUUAAAAUUGUCAUCGCGUCUAAUGUCUCGACCCACAACUAGUGUUGUGUGCUUUACGUGUCGCAUUGUAUUUUUUGAUGGCAUCGAGAAGUGAAAAAGAGGAGUUAAUAGUCCGAAAAGACUUUUGUUGACAUUUUUUGACACUUUUAAGAAUUGAUUUUAAAGGUAAAAAUAACCAAGGCUUAUGGACUUUUUCUGAGUUCUCUCUUGCUAAAUCUCCGGCAUUUUUCAAUAUAAGGAGAUCGAUUACUUUUUCAAAUUGUCAGGUAAAAUCUGGCGUAGGUUUGAAAAUUUACCUCCGUAUUUACUACAACUUUCACUAAAAUUUGAAAAAUUUUUGAAUCAAAAAAUCCCGUUUUCUCUCCGCAUGCCUACUCACUUCUGUCCGAUUUAAUUUUUGUAUUCCCGCCUGUUACUUGUCCCGGUCGUUAUAAUGUCCAUCAUCGUUCCAUUUCAGAUGUUUUCACCAACCCAAAUUGGCGCCACGUCCGCGUUGCAUUCUCUCAUGUUGCCAUUGGUCCGUUUGUUUUUUUGAAACGAAAAAUUUUUGUGACAAAAAUAUAUAUAAUUUGAGUGUGUUUUCAAAGUAAGGGGAUAUCGGUCGAAGCACUCCAAAAAGGCACAAAAAUUUUUUUAAUCGACCAGUAGCCUCUUAUUUGCAGCGUGAAAAAUAUUUUUUGUUGGGUGAGAGUCAUCGUACUAUGUUCAAAUUUUAGUUUCGCGCACGAAAACAUGUUUUUUGUUGGAGUGAAAUUACUGUUGCGUAAAUUUUUGCAGAAAAAUGUAAAUUUGAUUUUGAAUGGUAUCACAUAACAGCGUGCAGAAAUUUUGCAGUUUUUGCGGUUAAAAAACGGUUGAAAUGUUCGUAGCCUCUGAAUCUAUUUUCUUUUUUCUAGGCGACUGCAUCGUUCCGGCGGAGGAUGUUGUCGAUUCGACGCAAGAAUCAGGUUAGGCGUGUGAUUGAUAAGAAAACUAACUUUUCCGAGUUUCCGCUAACUUUUAACAGGUACUGUGGGCUAUGAACUAUCAGAUAUACUCUAAACACUUUUUUUCUAAAUUUGGACCUUUGGCUCUAAUAUAAUAUAUGCAUGCUUAAACAUGCGCCACUUCAUCUUAUAUGCUUCAAAAAUUCUUAGCCUUUUGCUUUACAUGCGCACCUAUAAUUUUUUCGAAAAACGGAAGAUCGGGAGAGACGGUCACAGAAAACCGAUUUUUUCUAUGUCUUUGCGAAUUUUUGACGAUUGCUUGCAGAAAAGGCACCCAAAAAUCGCGAUAUUUUUUCUUCGAAAUCCGAGCGACACAACACACUUUAUCUUUGAAACAAAUGAUUUCGUUGCUUGCCCUGGACAAAUCUUUAGCCAAAAAAUGUAAACAAAAUCUGUCCCUGCCCACCGCUUGCAACUAACCCGCACCCCUUUCCCUCCUCACUCAACCCUUUCCUCCAUUUACAAUUUCUUUUCUCUGAUUUCUUUUGAAGUGCCUUCAAUUCCUCGUAUUUUUAUGAUUUUCUAAUCCAUGUUGUUUCUUUUAUUUUUUUGAGUGUUUUUUUUAUUUCCCCAUUUUUUAAGCACGAAAUUUCGCAACAAUCCCUAAUGUCGGAGGCGACUGCACUUGGGGUUUUCGACGACUCCACAGCUCCCUUGGAACGGAGGCUCUCCAGAGCGUCGUUGCGAUCGUUUAUGGAGACCAUUCGCCGUCACAGUGUGCCCACAUCGCGGUGUUGCGCAUGGUUUAAGGUGCUUUCUUUUGGAUAUGUUUUAACACGCAAUGUGUUCUUGUUGCCACCAUUUACUGUUUUUCAGGUGUUGUAAUAAUGAGUAAUGUACUUGUCAUUGUUUAUUAUAUUUGCCCGUUUGAGAAGAUGUGUGGUUGUCACCAUUGUGAGGCAUGUUGUUUGCUAGUGAUGAUCUUGUGACUGUAAGUGUAAAGGUUUCAAAACUGUGACAAAAGAAAGAGUGGAACCUACGACAUGGCUACAAGACUGAUUCUUUUGCAAGCGUAGCCAAGCCGUAUGUUCCCACAAAAUUCCUUUCACUGUACUUUUCCCAACUUGCUUACUGUACCUUUCCUAAUGGCUUCUAUUUUUGGUCUAGCUGGCUGGCCUUUAUCAGUUGCGGCGCAACACGGUCACGGUGGUCAACCAAUUUGCCGAUGAGGUCAGCGCUCUCUCACUGCUUACUCUGUUCGCACUUUACACCACUUUUCAUGAGUUAGCUACUUAUUUUCUUUCGCUAAUUUUUCGUUUAUUCUAAUUUCGCUAUAAUUUCUGUACUCCCGCCGCUUUUGUUUGGAAUUUGCACUAAUUUAGAGCCCCUUCGAAGUGAAAUGCUUAUUAUUCAAUUUUAGCUUCGACAGGUGCGGCAGUUUGAAGAAGCGACCAAUGAGAGUCUGCGGGAUUCGGUGAAGCAACAGAAUUCCAUUAAAAAAAGCAAACAAGGGCUGCCGUUUAUGGACUCGGUGACGUUUGGAAAACCCCGGUAAGGAGUGGCUUUGAACAAUAGUUUACAUCUCAUACCUGGCCUGUCGCCACUGGCAGAGUUAUUAAUUACUCGAGUUAUUCAGACGAAAAUCGAAUGACAAGUUCUUUUGGUUGCGCUAUUGCGUCGGCAAAGCGGGCACCGAGAUCGAUUCGGAGGAGAGCUCCGAAACCAAUGUGCCCACAAAUGGGCCAGACUGGAUCUCAGGAAAAACUAUUGAGGUGAGUGAAUGAAACAGCUACCGAUACUUCACUUCGUACUUAAGAGGUGGGAUUCACAAAUCCUUUUUUAGGAGAUUGCCUCAACUGAUGGGACUCCUAUUAGUCCAACAAAUAACAGAAGUGGGAGUGCAAAGUUCAGAUCGCGGACGGCUACUGAACCGCGCCAAAACGGUCAUCAUCAUGUAGCCUUGGCCAAUUCGGUCUCCCAAUCGAAUACGGUCCCGAUUCUCCACACCUACACGGUCCUCAUCGAAUACAAAGACGGAGAAAGCAAGAGGCCGUCGGUGAGGCUGUCCAGCUGCGAUUCGGAUGGGUUUAAGUACGUUUGUUUGCGUAAGGUACCUUGAGUGCGUUGUUGCAUCUUUUUUUGCAAUGUGCUUUGCAUUUUUUGGUUAUCGUUCAUAUCUUAUUUUAUGAAAAUUACAACGUUAAAAAUUGACAAAAUACCGCCAAAAAAUCGAAUGCUUUAAUCCACCGUUUUCAGCACCGAAACCCCGAUUAAUUCAACAAGAUCCUCCCGAAAGGCUCCUUCAACGAAUCUCGACGACUGCCGAAGAACCAGUCAUGACAAUAACAACCAUAAUGCCUCAUUUAGUAAUGCCGGAAGCACCAAACUGCACCAUAAACAUGAGCAGCAGAAUGGAAAAACACUGUCGUCCAAGGAACGGGAAGAUUUGGUGAGUUGCCAUUGCGGCUUGAAUUUUAUUUAUGCUCCAUUUUCCAAAUUUUAGAAUUCCCGAUUUUCCGCUCAAAAUUUUUGAAUUUUUUGUUUGUAUUUUGUACCGAUUUUUUUUUUGAAAUUUUUUUAUUCAGUUUACUUUGCUCUCUUAUUUUAAUUUUCCAAUAUUUUUCAGCGGAAAUCCGAGAAAGAGCGUCGAAAAAACGAGCGACGCCAAGAGUCCAAAGCCGCCAAGACCUUGAGCGCCAUUCUCUUCGCUUUUAUCGUCACUUGGACUCCAUAUAACGUCAUCGUAUGUUGGGAGGCCUUUUAUCCAAACUCUGUGCCCGAAAUUCUAUUUACCAUCAGCUAUUGCUUGUGCUAUGUCAAUUCAACGGUAAGUAAAUAGAGAUUAAAAGAAAACUUGUUGAAAAAUGCUUGGGUUACAAACACGAAAAAAUGUAAUGACGGUGAAUGUGUUACAUUUCAGAUAAACCCAAUUUGUUACGCAUGCAAUGGACGCUUCCUGAAGACUUAUGUCCGAAUCCUACGGUGCCAAUUCUGGAAGAACAACCGACGCAAUGAUUCGUUGUAUCGGAACGCCUAUUUACGACGAUAG